GCAGCAAUGCCAGACUCACGACUUGUGGCCUACGCGAAGAUCAUAGGCACGGACUUUGAGUUCUUCAUGCAGACGCUUAGUAUAAUUAUUGGUCGGACCGCAGCGGUGUCCCUCACCACAGAACCGUCGCACUUAGACGUUGACUUGACUGGCUACGAUGGUAUCGACACACGCCACUGCACGAUUAUGUACAACUUUGAUCGCGAGAUGUUUGAGCUUAAGGUGCUCUCUGAGACACACCCGGUGCAAGUCAAUGAUCUUCUGCUAAAGAAAUCGUCUAGGCCGCACAUGCUGCGUUCGAAGGACCUGGUUAUAGUGGGAGAUGCACAUUUCUAUUUCCUCCUCCCACAGGGUGAAGUAACUCACGAGAGGAGUCCACACGAUUUGUCGAAGUCAAACUCCAUGCCCAGAAACCCUCCUCUAUUGAAGUCGAAAGAUAUGUUCGUGCCGUCGGGAUCGCCUCAUCCCCGCGGUUUGGUACCGCAGCAAGACUACCACCGGAUGGGCCAACCGCCUGUGGGCUACGCCCAACAAUCCCAACAGCCCCCACAACACCCCAGACACCCACCGUUGCAUGCUAUACACAGUCAACCGCCCCACGGGUCGUAUGGCAAUGCAGAUCUGCAACCAGCACCACCCACACACAGGGGGGAUGGAGAGAAUGAUGGAGAGGGGUCGGCUUAUUCGACACAUCAGCAGGUACAGCGCCAGGGCAGUGCAUACAGUAACGACGAGCAGCAAUCGCCAUACCCGUCAUACAGAACCGGACCAGAGUCACGGCCACCGUACUCGCAUCCCAGCCAACUGCACGCUCACUAUGGGCCAUCGUCUCAGGGAGGAUAUCAGGCUUAUCCAAGUCAGAGACAACCACAGGGCGGGUCACAGUCACAGACUGGCUCGUACAAUGGGUCGCCGCUGUUGCGACAGAGCCAGUAUCCGCCUACGUCGCCACAGAGCAGACCGGUAGCUACGAUGUACUCUGGGAUCAAGCCGCACCCGCAGCAGCAGCAGAGACCCAAGCAGUAUGCGCAGAAGAAGAAGCGCAAGGCGACUGGCAAGAACGCUGAGGCAACGCCCAGGAAGAAGAAGAAGGAGAAGAUGAACAAAAGCAAGGGGCAAAAGGAUGAUUGUGAGAGAGAGCCAUUGUAUGGGGAAGAGAGGGAGAUUGCGGAGACUGUGGGAUGGAGUGCUACGAAUAGUGCGGACCAGUCGUACGCGUCGAGUGCGGAGGAAGAUAUUGAUUCUACCACAGAGGAUGAGGGACAUGUAGAGGCGCCCGUGAAGCAGAUGAAAACCAAGCCCCAGGUGCAGAUCCUACCUAAAAAAUCGACAAAGAAGGCAGGGAAGGGUACAAGUGGAGAUAAAGCUGACAGUGAACAACAACGCAUCAAGAGCCGUGCUGGUGCUACGGUGACAGAGAAAAGUGAGUCUAAAGGGGGCGCUAAGAAAAGCUCAGAAACAAAGAGGAAAACGAAGAGUAAGAAUGUCAGCACGGAUAAAAAGAGAGCAUCAGAAAGUGUCAAGCAACCAGGAACAGAUUCCCACAAGAGUCCGAACCUAAGUCCCCAAACUGGGACACCCACACCGACUGAAGCGAAAGCCAGUGAGCCGGUGUACUAUGACGGGGAUGCGACGCCAGAUAACACUAUUGUGCAGGUUGCAGUUGCGAUUAAGAAAUCAGUGGACAAUGGCGCUGGAAGUGAAUGUCACGCUGCAGAGACAGGCCAAGAAGCUGAAACAAAGGCCGCCCGGAUGGCGACGCAGGAUAACCAGAACGCCGAUACAAGCUAGACGGCACCUCAAGUCCUCAACAAUACUUUAGAAGAUACUCGUCAGAAUCUACUCAUCAGAACGCUACUACAGCCGAUUACUGCUAAUUACUGUUGCAAACUUGCAACUACUCCCGGUAGGUGAUUCUCUCUUAAAGAGCAUCAUUCAAUUUAGAAUAAAAUAGGAUACACCACACGGACACUGCCAUUGCCUUCUCAAUGAAAUGGCACGGGUGACCUUAUCUAGAAAGGAACUCAAUUGCAAGUCGAUACUAUCUGGAAAAUACACGCAGAUUUGUAUUUAUUUACUUGUUGUGGAUUGUGUAAAAUUGU